AUGCUCGCGCCCCCUGGAGGUCCUCCGAUAGGCGCGCCCUUCGGCUCUGCGGCGGAGGCCGCGCCGCCGCUGGCGCACCCGGCGCCGCAGCCGAGCAGCGUGGUGAGGCUGCGGCAGAAGCUGGCGGAGUCGGCCAGCCUGCUGCAGGAGGCGGACGACCCGCUGUGGCAGGAGGCGUCCCUCCACCUCAGGCGCGCGCAGCUCCGCCCCCUGCCAGGCUCGCUCGCUGCCGGUGGCAUGCCGCCACCGCCGCACUCGAACCCGCUCAUGCCGCUGUACAGCGGGCGGCCGCGCGCACUCGCCAACUACGCGGCCAGCCGCAGCGUCCCCGACCUGCGCUUUCGCAGCGGCCCAGCGGCUGCGCCGUCUUCCAUGAGGCGGUCAGAGUCGCCGCUGCUGGCUGCCGGCCAGCAGGUCUUGCACAGCGAGCCUGCGUCCUCGCGCCCGAGCCAGGAGCGCGAGAGGGCGGUGCUGGAGGAUCCCGAGUUCGGCCACCUGGAGAGGGCGCUGCAGUCCCAGAUGGCCCACCUGGAGAGCCAGCUCCACCGCAUUCGCGCCCACCGCGAUGGGAAUGGCGAGGGCGCGACGGUGCGGGCCGGGUCCGAGCCUGCGCAGUCGAGAGGGCCGUUGCCACAUCAGGCGGCGGGGGCCCGGGAGCGGUCGAUGACCCCGGGGACCGACAGGCAGGUGACGGUGGUGAUCAAGCAGGACGACAAGUCGUCUGUGAUGGAAGGGUUCCAGAGCAUCAUCGACGCGCUGCAGCGCAAGGAGGACUCUGCUGCCGCACCAUCGACGGCGGCAUCCGCGCAGCUCCCAGAGUCGGUGGGCUCGCUGCUGGCGAAGGAGGUCCGCGAGGCGGUCCACAAGGCCAUGGAGGAGCACGCCGUCAAGGCGCGGCAGCAGGCGCCGCCGCAGCGCCCGCAGGGCAGAUCGCCCCCGGAGGCGCCGAGGCCCCCGCGCCCUGGCGCGGGGGCCGGCCAGCCGGUGCGGCCGCCCCCGGUGAGCAGGGCCAGCCCCAGCAGCGUCAGCCCCACGCCGCGCAGCCAGCGCGCGCCGUGGCCGCAGGAGCGGCUCACAUCCGGCAGGCGGCCAGGCACCGGCGGCUCCAGAGCCACCACCACCGCGUCGCAGCAGGCCAGCUCCAGGGGGCGCCCGCCGAGGCCCGAGGCCGCGUCGGAUCAGGACAAGAACGCAAAGCGCCAGUCCGCGAAGGAUUGGAACCCAUCGGAGCGGAUGGCGUACCUCGAGUCGUUGGGCAUCGCCGACAAGCGCGCGGAACGAGGGCUCCUGCGGUUCCUGGAGAGCGCGCUCGCGGCGGCGCCGAUCCCAGUGCCCUGGACCAUGUUCGUGGACCAGGCUGGGCAUAGCUUCUUCUACAACGAGGGCAGCGGGGAGAGCACCUGGAGGCAUCCACUGGAGCAGAUCUUGAAGGACCUCGCCGCCACGUGCCGGCAGGCCCUGAGGCUGCACGCGGGCAAGCGGAACGAGUGGCUGCAGACUCUGGUGAACGCGUGGACGGAGGAGGCCGCGAAGGAGUACGCGAAAUGGUACACGGCCAAGGAUUCCAAUGGGCGCGAGUAUUAUUGUCAGGUCGAGACCAACGAGACGAUGUGGGAGCACCCGGUGAACGUAAUACUGCCCGCCUACUACGUGAAAAUUGAGUUUGCGAAGAAGUUGCUUGACCACUCGUACGUGGACAGCCUGCUCGCGGUGCCCCCGAUGGCGCCUUCGCAGCCCGCCGUGCGGGGGCCACACGACGUCGCCUUCGCCGAGACGAAGGCUUCUGGCAGCUCGCAGAGGGGGGACUCGAAGUACUCCACCAGCUCCUCCCAGCGAGCCAUGGCGGCGUGA